AGCUGAGGAGCACAUGCAGGAGCAGAAACUGAGGAGUCAAGAUGGAGCAAAGAGACAGGAGGAGAGACAGACUCCUACAGGGGACAAACCUUAUAAAUGCUUGGAGUGUGGAAAAAGCUUCAGGUGGAGUAGUGUCCUUACGGUGCAUCAAAGAACUCACACAGGGUACAAACCUUAUAAAUGCUUGGAAUGUGGAAAGAGCUUCAGUGUAAAAAGCACCCUUACUUCGCAUCAAAGAAGUCACACAGGGGACAAACCUUAUAAAUGCUUCGAGUGUGGAAAGAGCUUCACUCAAAGUGGCCACCUUACUUCACAUCAAAGAACUCACACAGGAGACAAACCUUAUAAAUGCUUCAAGUGUGGAAAGAGCUUCACUCAAAGUUGCCACCUUACUUCACAUCAAAGAACUCACACAGGAGACAAACCUUAUAAAUGCUUUGAGUGUGGACAGAGCUUCAAUCAGAGUAAGACCCUUACUUUGCAUCAAAGAACUCACACAGGAGAUAAACCUUAUAAAUGCUUGGAGUGUGGAAAGAGUUUCAGUCGGAGUAGCACCCUUACUUCACAUCAAAGAUGUCACACAGGAGACAAACCUUAUAAAUGCUUGGAGUGUGGAAAGAGCUUCAGGUGUAGUAGCAAGCUUACUUUGCAUCACAGAACUCAUACAGGGGACAAACCUUAUAAAUGCUUAGAGUGUGGAAAGAGCUUCAGUCAGAGAAGCUACCUUAGUUUGCAUCACAGAACUCAUACAGGGGACAAACCUUAUAAAUGCUUAGAGUGUGGAAAGAGCUUCAGUCAGAGAAGCUGCCUUACUUUGCAUCACAGAACUCAUACAGGGGACAAACCUUAUAAAUGCUUCGAGUGUGGAAAAAACUUUAGUCAGAGUAGCAACCUUUCUUCUCAUCAAAGAACUCACAUGGGACAAACCUUAUAAAUGCUUCGAGUGUGGAAAGAGCUUCAGUCAGAGUGGCACCCUUAGUAUACAUGAAAGAGCUCACACAGGAGACAAACCUUAUAUAUGCUUCAAGUGUGGAAAGAGCUUCAGUCAGAGUGGCCACCUUACUUUGCAUUACAGAAUGCAUACAGGGAACAAACCUUGUACAUGCUUGUAGUGUUGAAAGAUCUUUCAUCAGAAUUGCUACCUUCAAGCACAUCAAAGGAUACAUUCAAGGGAAGAGAUGUAUAAGUGCUUUGAAUGUGAAAAAAGCUUUAAGCGGAGUUCAAUUCUUUCUGUGCAUCAAAGGAUCUAUACGGGGAAGCCAGACUACCAAAAGGAUUUUUAUGGGAGUUUCAGACCCCCGACAAUCUUCUUCUCUUAGCUUAACCACAGACUGUUCCACUUCCCUUCAUCUGCUGUUUUGGUGGCCUGUCAGUUUUUCCUUUGCAGAGACAGAGAAGUUUUUAAUUUUCCAGAGAUGGGUGAGCAUCCAAGAUGGAUGCUGAGGCCAAGGUGGCUGCAGAAGCCAAAAUGGCCGCUCAGUUGUCUACUUUUUCCCCAUCAUAUCUCCCUCUCUGGCAGUUUCUAGCUGCCAGAUUCAAUAUUCAAUUAAUGACAUUUCAUGUAUUACUUUAUCUACUUCCUCUAGAUCCUCUGUCAUUGUUACCUCCGUGUGCAUCAUUCGAACAUCAGUUUUUGUGAUGGACUUAGUAGUCUUUGCCACACAGCGUCUAAUACACCACAAAACCAACUGGACUAUUACAUAUAUGAGCACCAGCAAGCAUAAUCUCAUUAUAACAUAUUUUAGCAGAUUUUUUACCAGGUCUCCUAGCCAUCCACCUGGAUCCGGUUGACAUCCCCACCAAUCAAAAUCGCUACUCCGGUCAACAUAAGCUACUUCUGCUAUUUGCUCAGCAUGAUCUAUUAUGGAGUUGGCAUAGGAUUCAAUCUCUCCAGCUGAACUGUUUAUGUAGGAACAACAUUCUCUCCCAAUGAUGGUGCAACUCCCUCGGUCUGUAGUGAGCAAAUGGUCCAGCGCCAUCCUGUUUUAGAGAACCGUUUUCUGGAGGCAACAUUGGUGGAAACUUUCAAGAAGUUGUGAGUGGCGUUUAUAGAUGGUCCGUGUUUCACAGGCAUAUAGUUUUUUAGUACAAUUACAGACAUAGACAGCAAGUGCACCCAUGCCCAGAAUGGUGCUAAGGGGGGGAUGUGCUUUGCGUAUGCAGAGUAACUCAGUGGUUUGUGCAUUUACCUUAGAAGCAGGCUUUUACCCUGCAUUUAGAUCACUGAGACUUCAGGUUUCAGGCGGUAGAUGGUGCCUCUCAUUUGAAUUUUCCAAGUGUAUCUUACGGCUUAGAAACUUGUAAUUUUUUUUGUUUUUUAAAAAUUAAACAUGGGAUUUGCUUUUGGGCAGCUUUUGGGAUGCCUUUCUUUGGCAGGAACUUGAGUAACGA